CCCAGUUCUCGCUUUAUGCUCCAUCCUUAUAAGUGAUGUCGCCGGGAAGAAGAAGAUGAGGGAGAUCAGAAGAGGAGGAAAGCGGUAGAAGAGCGGUGGCAGGAUGAGUAAUAAGAGAGUAAUGUCAAGGGAGAAAAAUAGAGACAAGGACGAGGUGGAGGAGCUGCUCCGAGCGGCGGAGGAGGAGAUGCUUCUUAAACUCAGCGUCAACUCUCACAUGGCACGUGCCUCCUCCUCUCCUCUCGACCGAGAUCUCGCCCAUCGAUUCGAGGCCCUCAAAAAGCCCUCUGCGCCUCCCGGAAUUACGAAGGUACGACUGCCGCCGAAGCAGCCGAUCGUGAAAACCAAAGAGGACGACGAAUUAAAUAGGAUUCUCGGAGCCGAUCUCUCCGCUAGAUUUGGCGCUCUCAAGGGUUCCUCUUCUUCUGUUACAGAAUCUCAAAUGAGUUCGGUGAGAUCCGACGGUGGUGAUGGCGUUGAUGACAAGGAAGACGACGAGGACGAGGAUGGGGCUUCUAAGAGUGAGGUAGAGAAACUGAUACAGUGGGCCAUGGACGCAGCUCGUCUCGAUCCGUCUCGGUCCGAUGACGAUGAGGAGGAAGAAGAAGAGGAAGAUGACAACGACGAAGAUAAAAGGGGGAAACAGCAGAGGAAGAAAUAGAUGUUCCCCUAAGAUGCCUCAGACGUGAUAAAAACCGUUCAGUUUUGAGUGUCAUCAAUGGCUGGUCGAUUUCAGAACUUCAUCGACCUGGGGUUUUCGUUAUAGCUGGAACUUGGUUGUAAUUGUAAUUUGAAGAACCAGUCUACAGGUUUUGGGGUUGCGACAUGGCAAUCAUACAUGAUGAUUGAUGAUCCGCCAUCAAUCCAAUUUGAUCGAAUUGAAUUAAACUAAUUUGGUUUGGUUCGGUUCGUCAAGUGCUCGAUUCAAGUCCCAAAUCACAACCUGCCCUGAGGCUCGGCGUGACUCAGGCUGGUUCUGAUUGGGCGUCUCUCCAGAUUCCUAUAUUGAGUUCAUGUUGUUCCCCCAUCUAUUAUUUAUCUGACUCUAGGGCUUGAUUUCAUUCACCUCUAAGGCUUAACUACUAGUUCCUGGAAGAAACAGGCUUCUGAAGUCCGUUUCCAGUGGCAUCUUUAUUCUUUUAGUGGUGUCUAUCUCUCUACUGAUUUCCCUGUAACGCUUAGUUUUGUUGAUUUAGCAAUUUUGUCGCUCAUACUGUUCUUGAAUUAGCAAUCAAUCGGUUCCCUGCUCAAUUGAUUAA